AUGUCAUCCAACGUCUGUCUCCCUGCGCCGCCCAGUUUCUCACAGAGACGCCACACCACACAUACCACCACACAUACCACCACAUAUACCACCGCACACACAUACACCUAUACAGAAAUACCACACAACACAUACACAUCUCAACACCAAGAGUCAGUCAGCUGAAGCCAAACAGCUUCCGGCAGCAGACCACCACGCAGAGACGCCUCCGGCUUGACCUUGCCCGUCUCGGAAGGGGAUCAUCGUUGGAUGGUGUUCUGGCCGCCCUGCCUCCAAUCGACAUUUCGACUCUGAAAUCCCAUCGGCUGUUAGCUCUUCCCGUCCAUCUCCGUGUCCUUAUCACUUGCCAACUCGGCUCAGGUGCCUUGGCCCGCCUCGCCUCGCUUCGCCUCGUGUCGCCUUGACUCAACUCAGGAACACCGGCACGGUACGUACGGAUUCCACUGCCUGCUUCCGUUCGUCAACCACCGGCACGGCACCCAGGCUUUUCAUCCUGCGGCCUCGACCGUCCAGUCAACGCAACGAACGGGUCGCAAUCCUUCUCCCUCGGGACCAACACCCCUGGCAAAGACUCCAAAAAAGCCUGCAGUAACGGCAGCACCUUUACCCCCUUGCCAUUACCAUUACCAUUACCAUUACCACCAACAGACGCAGACGCAAGAACCAACCUGGCAGCGGCAGCGAAGGAGCCAAGAGGCAUCGGCCGUCAGCUCCUCAUCCCUAAUCCCAAUCCCAAUCCCAAUCCCAGUCUCGGUCUGCCCCAUGCCAAGCUCUCCCACUUGCCCCUCGACCCCCUUCUGGCUCCUGUCAAGCACUUGGGUGGAACGCUGUGUCUGUGGUGGAACAAUUACUCUUCCCCAACUCCCAUCAGUCUCUCCGUCUCCUCCACCAACGACAAGCCCCGGAUUGUCCAUUGCGAAUCGUCUACACCGGCUUUGCCGUUCAGAGCCCUCCACCGAGCCUGCUCACACUCGCCGCCCGCCAUCCCAGCAUCGUUGUCGUCGCCGUCGUCGUUCCUCCAAUUGUCCUCCUCUGGUCAGGGAUCGCCAACCUCUGGUCUAGCCCACGCUCUCUCUCUCUCUCUCUCUCUCUCUCUCAAGCCGCACCCAUACCAUCCAUACCUACUGUACUCUGUACCCUCCGUCCUCAUACCACCAGGAACUCGUCUCGACCAAGGAGAUCCUUGUCCGACUUCAUUGUCCCCCCUACGACGACGCUGUAUCGUCCCGAAAGCUACCGCGCCGCCGCCGCCGUCGCUGCCUCAUAGCUUCCCUGUACGCUGACGGCGAAAUACUUCCCUGCCCCAAGCGUCGCUACUGAUCAGCCUGCGGCCCUGUCCUUCCCGUGCCAUCGGCCGGUUCGUCUCAAACUUCCCUCAACAAACUCCCUCAUAUUGCGACAACGUCCGCACAGAACACCCUUCCCUUCCAAGACACCAGCACGGCUUACACGACGACGCCCACCUGACCCAACUACACGCCUCCUCGUGCUUCACUGCGCCGAGGAUCAAACUCACACUCUUCUCUCCACCUCCUUCUUGCGGCCCGGGGCGCCAUCACCAAAGCUUCAAUCGAGAUUCCCACCACCUGCGCUGCCGUUGCCGGUUGGCACAUCCAUCCCAGCUCCGAGCUUCCAAUCCUGUAUCGGAACAUCUGAAAGCACCCCGCGAAUUGGUGGAAGAAAAGUACCUGGCCCCAGCAAAUCCGGUCCAUCACCAUCAGCCACUUCUCAGCGUCGCUGUCUUUCUCGCAAUCCCACGGAGCGCUCCGUACGUUUUGUCUUAUCAGUCUCACCUAACGCAGCGCACAUCGCGCCCACGAUCUCGACGACACAUCAUAUGCACCAGCCUCACGACGACCCCCACUGACAUCCUCUUCCCGGCGUAUGUCUCCAAGAACCCCCAAGUCACCUGACACGUCUUGGCCCUGCUGUCCCUCUCCCUCUCCCUCCCUCUCCUCUGUCUCUGCGAUAGUACACCGUCUAUCCCCGCCGUGACCCCUCGAGAGACUCUUUCCAUUCGUCCCUCCGGACCCCCCGUAAUCCUUCUUGGACUGUCGGCUCGUCUGGAUAUGGGACUUUGGCCUCACACAAUCUGACACCGCGCCAACUACCGCCACCAUACUUCCCCACGAUUACUCCAGUCGUCCUGAGGGAGGAGAAGGGGAGGGUGCGGUUCAUCGUCUUUUCGUUGCGUCUUCUCCGCCCCAGUACACCGUCCCUGGCGUGGCCGCCCGCUUCUCGCAACUCGAAAUCGACGCCUCUUCGAGCACCGCCAUGGCAUCGGUACACCAGCUCGGCGUUGGUCCGACCCCCGCACGUCCGCGGAGCGUGAACGGUUCUGGGAACCAGGAUGUCGAGAUGGACCUCGACCGAAAUGCCAGCCCUGCCGUUACAACCGGCACGAGGUUUGGCAGUGCCCCCCAGAGGGGAGACACGAGGAUCGUUGUAAUCGUGUUUGGCCACGGCCAAGACAGCAUCGUGUCAGUCUUCGCCGACGUUCUGGGGAAACCGUACGCCAUCCGUUCAGCGUUCCAAGAUGUCGGCGCCGCCGACCAAGGGCUCGUUAUUGGGAUCCCGGCCGAGCACGCAAAGAGCAACAUCGACUCUCGCGACAAGGAGCUCGUUGUGGCCAUCAACGCCCACUGCGUCAACCUCGGAAUGCCGCCGGACGUCUUCCUUUCGGCCCAGUGCGACUACGAGUUCCUAUACACCGAGGCCCCUUUCUUCCGCCGGGACCUCUCGAGGUUCAUCUCCUUCACCCUGGGCCAGAUCGACCACCACGAGACGUUGAUGUCAAAGCCGCGGACCUACUUCAUCUCCACCACGUUCCCGGACGUCAGCGCUGCGUUACCAAACAUCGACAUCCUCACCGUCGGAGCCGACGCUGUGGAAAUUCGAGUUGAUCUUCUCAAGGAGCCUCUCGGAGACGGCACCUACUCUUCCAUUCCAAGUCUCAGCUACGUCGGGCAGCAACUGAUGCUCUUGCGCCAACGGACAGAGCUCCCCAUCAUCUUUACAACUAGAUGUACGAGGGAAAACGGCCGCUUCCCAAUGGAAAAUCCAGACCUCUAUUACGAGUAUCUGUACCGAGCCAUCCAGUGGGGCGUCGAGUAUAUCGAUGUGGAAUUGUGGCUCCCCGAAGCCAUCCGGAAGAGGCUCUACGAGCAGAAGGGGAGCAGUCGGAUCAUGUCUGCGUUCCAUGACUUCUCUGGCACCUUCAGAUGGCCGUCGUCCCAUGCCGAGCAGGUCUACGUGGAAUCGAGCAAGUACGCCGACAUCAUCAAGAUGAUCGCCAUCAUCAACGACCACAACGAGAACUUCGAGCUGGAAUACUUCCGCUCCAAGAUGCGGGCGGAUUAUCCGGCUUCGCCUCCAUUCUCCGGAGUCAACAUGGGGGAAACAGGCCAAUUCUCCCGCACUUUGAAUAGGGUCUUCACUCCCAUCACUCAUCCACUGCUGCCGAUAGUCGCAGCCCCGGGCCAGAUGAGUGCGUCGGAAAUCAACGCGGCGCUGGCCCUGCUUGGGCAGCUUCCGAAGAAGAGCAUAUACGGCAUCACAACGCCGGCUUUCCGCAGCUCGACGCCGCAAGCCCCUUUCUACGAGAAGUGCUUCAACGAGCUUGGCCUGCCACAUUACUUCGCAGUCGUGGAGCGCUUGCCCAACAACUUUUCAAGCAUGGAGGCUUGGUGCAACCAAAAGAACUUUGGCGGUGCCUACCUCAGCCCGCCCGUGUCGUGGAGCAGCCUGUUGAAGCACAGCUCGUUCUUCUCUUCUCUCAACGGCGGCAAGGGUCCGGAGCUGACCGAGGCUGCUCGGCUCAUCGGGACCGUGGACACCAUCAUUGUCAAAUCGGGAUCGUCCUCGUCGGCGUCGUCGGCCCCGGCGUCGAUACCGUCGAGCCCGCGCCACGGACACCAUGACUCUUUCGGCCACCUCGGCUCCAACUUUUCUGCCCUGUCGCCCAACACGUCCCUGAUCCUGGACAAUGCCAGCUGGCGCGGCAUCAUCAGCACGCUGACCCGGGACAUGGCGCCUUCGGCGUACUUUGGUCGGACAGCUGUCGUUCUGGCCUCUUCCGGCGAGGAUGCCGCGUCAGUCAUGUACGCUCUGAAGGCUCUCCGUAUCGGCAAGAUUUAUACCGUUGGCUUCCGAACACCGCCAGCUCUGGCCCGCGACGGGCCCGCCAUUGAACCGUUCAACAGCCUCGAAAGUCUCAAGCGGGCUCAGACGGUCGGCGAUGACGCGGCCCCCUUCCUGGUUGUCUCGGCCCUCGGGGCGGAAAAGAGCAACCUCGUCGGCAUGAUUGUCCGUGUGUUUGGCACAAACAUCAGGGGAGGGUCGAAUUUCAAAAAGGUCUUUCUCGAUCUCGCCGAGGCCUCGGGCGCAAGGAAAGGCGGCGACCCGGGCCUCAUCGCCCAGCAGGCCGGCUUCUCCGCCUACGGCGUUGCCGACACGGCUGCCUUCACCACUGUCGAAACUCUCAGGCUGCUAGUCGGCCAGAACGUGCCCUACAGCUUCGUCAGACUGGCAAGUGGUAGGAGUAUGUUCUGAGUUGUGUGUGCGUGUGUGUGCGUGCGCGCGCGCGCUUAUGUGUAGCAGGACACAGAUGGUAUAAGCUUCACCCAUCGUGCGCGCAAUUUCCAACGGAGCCGUUUCGUAUAUCUGCC